AUGAUUACGGUAGCAGUAAGUCAUGAAGCAUGUGAUGUAUUAAAAGGGUAUUUGCAAAAUAAUGCAGAUAGAGUACUGUAUACUGGUAGCAAAUAUCAUAAUGUACUAAUAGAUUUAGCGAUCAAGGAAAUAAAUCUGUUAGAAAAUAAUGACUCAGUAUCAAACAAGACAAUCUUGACUGAUACUGAUGUUUCAGAAAUAACAAAUGAUCGUUUAAAUCUUAAAACUGUGUAUGAACGGCAUCGCUUCGGCCCUGAGUCUAUUUACAAUAUAGACGAAACUGGAUUAUCAACGGUGCAACGAACGCAGAAAGUGAUUGCUCUCAGAGGCACUAAGCAAGUUGGGCAAGUAACGUCAGCUGAAAGAGGGACGCUUGUAACGGUUUGCUGCGGUAUUAAUGCAUUGGGUAACUCAAUACCACCAUUUUUCAUAUUCCCACGGGUUAAUUUCAAAACAUAUAUGCUAAAUGAUGCCCCUGUUGGUUCAGAUGGAGCAGCACAUCCUUCAGGGUGGAUGACAUCACCAAAUUUUUUAAAAUAUAUUCACCAUUUCGCCAAACACGCAAAACCAACGCCUUCAUCGCCAGUUCUUUAG